AUGGGCCGCCCAGAGCUGGGCGCGCUCCGGCCGCUGGCGCUGUGGCUGUUGCUGCUGCUGCUGCUGCAGCUCCAGCAUCUCUCCGCAGCGGAUCCGCUGCCCGGCGGCCAAGGGCCGGUCAAGGAGUGCGAAGAAGACCAGUUUCGGUGUCGGAAUGAGCGCUGCAUCCCCUCGGUGUGGAGAUGCGAUGAAGACAACGACUGUUCAGACAACAGCGACGAGGACGACUGCCCCAAGAGGACCUGUGCGGACAGCGACUUUACCUGCGACAACGGCCACUGCAUCCCGGAGCGCUGGAAAUGCGAUGGCGAAGAGGAGUGUCCAGAUGGAUCUGACGAAUCGAAGGCCACUUGUUCCAGGGAAGAGUGUCCCGAUGAGAAGCUGAGCUGUGGACCCAGCAGCCACAAGUGUGUGCCUGCCUCGUGGCGUUGCGACGGGGAGAAGGAUUGUGAGGGCGGAGCGGACGAAGCCGGCUGUCCUACCUUGUGCGCCCCGCAUGAGUUCCAGUGCAGCAACCGUUCCUGCCUGGCCUCUGUGUUCGUGUGUGAUGGCGACGAUGACUGCGGGGAUGGCAGUGAUGAGCGCGGCUGCUCGGACCCGGCCUGCCCGCCCCGCGAGUUCCGAUGUGGAGGAGCUGGUACCUGCAUCCCUGAGCGCUGGGUCUGCGAUGGCCAGUUUGACUGCGAGGACCGCUCGGAUGAGGCUGCCGAGCUUUGCGGGCGAGCGGGCCAGGAGACCACAGCCACGCCUGCAGCCUGCGCCCCCACGGCCCAGUUCACCUGCCGCAGUGGCGAGUGCAUACACCUGGGCUGGCGCUGCGAUGGCGACCGCGACUGCAAGGACAAGUCUGACGAGGCCGACUGCUCACCACCGGGACCCUGCAAUGAGAAUGAGUUCCAGUGUGGGGACGGGACUUGUGUCCUUGCGAUCAAGCGCUGCAACCAGGAACACGACUGCCCAGACGGGAGUGAUGAAGCCGGCUGCCUGCAGGAGUCAACCUGUGAGGGUCCCCGCAGAUUUCAGUGUAAGAGUGGCGAGUGCGUGCACGGCGGGAAAGUGUGUGAUGGUCAGAGGGACUGCUGGGACUGGUCGGAUGAGCCUCAGAAAGAGUGUGGGCUGAACGAGUGUCUGCACAAUAAUGGUGGCUGUUCCCAUAUCUGCACUGACCUCAAGAUUGGCUUUGAGUGCACAUGCCCAACAGGCUUCCAGCUCUUGGACCAGAAGACCUGUGGCGACAUUGAUGAAUGCCAGGACCCAGAUGCCUGCAGCCAAAUCUGUGUGAAUUACAAGGGCUACUUUAAGUGUGAAUGCCACCCUGGCUAUGAGAUGGAUGCACUGACCAAGAACUGCAAAGCUGUAGUUGGCAAGAGCCCGUCCCUAAUCUUCACCAACCGACACGAGGUACGAAGAAUAGACCUGGUGAAGCGGGACUACUCGCGUCUCAUCCCCAUGCUCAAGAAUGUCGUGUCACUCGACGUGGAAGUAGCUACCAAUCGCAUAUACUGGUGUGACCUUUCCUACCGCAAGAUCUACAGCGCCCCCAUGGACAAGGCCAGUAUCCCGGAUGAGCAGGUGGUCCUCAUUGAUGAGCAGCUGCACUCUCCAGAGGGCUUGGCGGUGGACUGGGUCCAUAAGCACAUCUACUGGACAGACUCAGGAAACAAGACCAUCUCAGUGGCCACCCUUGACGGCCGCCGCCGAUGCACUCUCUUCAGUCGUGAACUCAGUGAGCCCCGAGCCAUUGCCGUCGACCCCCUGCGAGGGUUCAUGUACUGGUCUGACUGGGGAUUCCAAGCAAAGAUUGAGAAAUCUGGGCUCAAUGGUGCAUACCGGCAAACACUGGUUUCAGACAAUAUUGAAUGGCCCAAUGGAAUCACCCUGGACUUGCUGAGCCAGCGUUUGUACUGGGUGGACUCCAAGCUGCACCAGCUGUCCAGCAUUGACUUCACUGGAAGCAACAGAAAGAUGCUGAUUUUCUCCCCUGACUUCCUGAGUCACCCUUUUGGGAUAGCUGUAUUUGAGGACAGGGUAUUCUGGACAGAUCUGGAGAAUGAGGCCAUUUUCAGUGCAAAUCGGCUCAAUGGCUUAGAAAUCUCCAUCCUGGCUGAGAACCUCAAUAACCCGCAUGACAUUGUAAUCUUCCAUGAGCUGAAGCAGCCAACAGCUGCAGAUGCCUGCGAACUGAGCGCCCAGCCCAAUGGCGGGUGUGAAUACCUGUGCCUUCCUGCUCCUCAGAUCUCCAGCCACUCCCCCAAGUACACAUGUGCCUGUCCUGACACAAUGUGGCUGGGCCCAGACAUGAAGAGAUGCUACCGAGCACCUCAGACUACCUCAACUACAACGUUAGCCUCUGCCAUAACAAGGACAGUACCCACCACUACCAGAGCCUCUGGGACAACCAUCCAAGACCCUACCUACCAGAACCACAGUACGGAGACACCAAGCCGGACAGCUGCUGUCCCAAACUCAGUUAGUGUUCCCAGGGCUCCGAACAUCAGCCUGUCUACCCUAAGCCCUGCAACCAGCAACCACUCCCAGCACUAUGGGAAUGAAGGCAGCCAGAUGGGCUCAACAGUCACUGCUGCUGUCAUUGGGAUCAUUGUGCCCAUAGUGGUGAUAGCCCUGCUGUGUACGAGUGGGUAUCUGAUCUGGAGAAACUGGAAGCGGAAGAACACCAAGAGCAUGAACUUUGACAACCCAGUGUACAGGAAGACAACAGAAGAAGAAGAUGAAGACGAGCUUCAUAUAGGGAGGACUGCUCAGAUUGGCCAUGUCUAUCCUGCAGCAAUCAGCAGCUUUGAUCGCCCACUGUGGGCAGAGCCCUGUCUUGGGGAGACCAGAGACCUGGAAGACCCAGCCCCUGCCCUCAAGGAGCUUUUUGUCUUGCCGGGGGAACCAAGGUCACAGCUGCACCAACUCCCGAAGAACCCUCUUUCCGAGCUGCCUGUCGUCAAGUCCAAGCGAGUGGCAUUAAGUCUUGAAGAUGAUGGACUGCCCUGAGGAUGGGACCACCCACUUCGUGCCUCAUGGAGUUCAGUCCCAUGCACUACUCUGUUUGGAUGGAUGGUGUGUGACUGGAUGAAUGCUGUUUCUAUAUAUGGGUCUGUGUGAGUGUGUGUGAAUGUGUGCGUGUAACUUUUUUUAAAUUUAUGUUGCGAAAAGGUAACCACAAAGUUAUGAUGAACUGCAGACAUCCAAAGGAUGUGAAAGUUUUUAUAUGUAUAAUGUUUUAUACACUUUUUAACUGGUUGCACUACCCAU